AUGCUGGAGGAUCGUUUCAGCAUCAUCGGCGCAGGCAUUGCUGGCCUCACACUAGCCCUUAGUCUCCAAACCCAGGGAAUAUCCUGCGCCAUAUACAAAUCCCGUCCCUCGCCCCAAAACAUCGGCGGCGCAGUAAUGCUCUCCCCAAACUCCCUCAAACUCUUCGAUGACAUGAGCAUCUACAACGACCUCAAGCAACUCGGAUACAGUUUCGACACCCUCUACUUCCGCGACGUCGCUGGCUCACCCAAAGAAACCUACCCCUUUGGGAGUGUUGAGAAAUAUGGGUAUAGUGGAUUGCGAGUGUAUCGCUAUCAACUCAUUGAUCUCUUGCUGCAAAAGCUCACCACCACCAACAUCCCCAUAUACUACAACCACAAAUUCUCACACGUGGUUUCCGAGUCUGAAGAUACAAUAUCCUCUCUACUGAUUGACGCAGACGGUAUACACAGCAGAGUCAGAAAAUACACGUACCCUGAGCUCUCACCGAAGUUCACGGGUAUGGUCGGCAUCACCGCUGCAGUUCCUACCGCAAACCUCAGACUGCCGACUCGCGACUACAAAAUGCCAGUCACCAUCAUCGAAGUGCUAAUCGGCAAACAAAAACGCAUGCCCGAGCUCUCUCGCUCAGGCUGGAAUGACUUUUAUGCAGACAAAGAAGCCGCUGUGGCCUUUUUGCGUGAAGGCGCAGAAGUAUUCGGUGAUAUUGCUGUCACAGCAACUUCGGACAUCCCUCAUGAACACAUCAAUAUCUGGCCUUUCCAUGUGAUUCUAAACCUGCCCUCUUGGUCUUCGCAGGCUAGGAGGGUACUGCUCGUGGGAGAUACAGCUCACGCUUUACCCCCUAGUUCAGGACAGGGUAUCUCUCAGGCAGUGGAGGAUGUAGUGAUGUUGGCUAUGCUGUUAGGCAAGGGGAAAAGUGGGAAACAGGAUUUGGGAUGGUGGCAGGAGUACAGACAAGACAGGCUCGAACAGAUUUUGCUGUUGAAUGCGAGGGGAACUGAAGAGAAGGAUGAUGAGCAAGGCUUCGACUUGGAUUGGCUAUACGGACACGACGUUGUCAAGGAAGUGCAAAGGUACAUCAGUGGCCUAGGGGUAGAAGGAGUUUAA